AUGGGCAGCUUGACUCGGUCCGCUCGCCGGGCUAAUAAUUCCUAUCCCAUUGAACCCGCGAUCCCUCGCACGCUCCAGAGAAAUCCGCGUCAGAAACGCGUCGAAUCGACUUCGCUAGGCAAUGCGACCGUGAUCCUGCCAGCGCACAAGGUCUCUGCAUGGGAAGAGCCUGCCUGUGCCCUCGCGCGCCCAUCUUGGGCGAAUGCCGACGACGACUUUGAUCGCACCCCGAACGAACACCUCAGAACCAUGAAGCCGAUCGGACAGUACCCGUCCCUUGCGGAAUAUAAGAGCGUUGGUCUGAAGCCUCGCCCAAAGACCCCGAAGUCUGGUUUGAAACGCGUGUCGAAAUUAUAUUCACGAACCGACGACGAUGAGGAUCUCACGACCGAUACGCCGAUCACGCCCGUCGCAGAAGAGGAAGCUAUCGCGGCUGAAAUAUUGCGCGCCGACGACGACGACGAUGAUGAUACUAUGAAUGGGGCCGAAACUACGGCCGGGGUCAAGACCGCGGUUGAGGGUGUGGUCAUGGAGGUGGAAGACACGGACGCCGAGCCAGAGGACAUGAAUGAAACCAAUUUCGCGACACCAGUGUCGGAAGCAGUCGACCUCUCUUCUGUCUUUCCUUCCAUUCACCAGUCGAUUAAUCCCUCUACUCAACCUUCCGUUCACUCUUCCAUUCAUUCAACUCUCAACUCGCCUCUUGACACACCCCUAGAGGAAAUCAAUUCUCCCGUCCUCACAUUGACCGCUCCCACCACUCACCUCACCGUUCCUAGUUCUCAGAUCCCACCUUCUCAUCGCAACUUACCGCAGACUCAGUCACCUCCUGCUACUGCUAUUGCUACCAUGGCCGACACUAUGGUGUCCAAGGAUCAGUCAGUCGUCAAACCUGACUACCUCACCGUCCUGAACUCUCUUCCAGUCCCCAGAUCUGAGAAGUACGAUGUGAGCCAACUCAAGCACGUUCUGGAAGUUGCCGUCACUCGUGCUGUGAACAUAAGUGAAGAUGAUGUUGCUUUAAGCUUAGUGCACUACUGGUCUGAGAUCUCAGGUGACGACUUCAAAUUGUCACUGGUUCACAACAUCGGUAACGAUGAAAGAGAUCACAAUCUGGAACUCGCCCUUCAAACUAUGCUACGCCAUUCUACGGAUGAAGCAAGCAAGUGGUAUCAAACGUAUGCCGCUGAAAAUCCUCGCCUCCUGGCUGGUCCUGGUUCCCCCACCGAUUCCAGUUUGUCAUCUGCCAAGUCCCUUGAGCCAGAGUCUGCCAACUUCAGUCGGGCGGAUAUCUACCGGGACACAAGUGGCCCAAAGCUUGAGGAGGCAUUCCUGAGCGGCAAAACAAAUACCGCGCCGCUAAAGCGGGCGAAAAAGCCUUGCCGGGUGAAUGAGAAUUCCUUCAAGCGCAGGCGAGAGUGGGAAGCAGAUUCUACCCUUGAAGGGAGCCUAAGGGAUAAGCGCGCCCGCCUAGCCCAAGGAGCCAAAUCCGACCAGACUCUAGCCGACAGCAGCUCCGUUCGUCCCCAGCGCGGACAGCCGGACGAUAUUCAGCAUCCUUACUCCUCUGGUGGUGAACAGCAGGACGAAAGCAUGAUGUCUACUGCAACGGCUGCUACGCCUGAAACUACUAUCACUUCGGGCGUAGGCCAGCCACGACGGCAGCGCAUUGUCAAAGAGCGUUCGAAGGUGAAAGGAAAGGAGGCGGAGAAAGAAAGAGAGAAGGAGAGCGAAAAGCAACUACCCCAUGGGGCUCGUUCGCUGUCCCUCGAUACUACCGUUUCUGGUGCCGAGUCUGAUGUCUCAAAUUCUUGCUACUCGGACAAUGAGAAUUCGUGGGUUAGCGAUUUCAAGUGCCGACAAAUGCCGAAUGCCAUUAACGUACCGGAGAACACGGAUUAUUGCACUAUCUGCGACGAUGAGGGUGAUUUGCUUUGCUGCGAUACAUGCGAGAAUGCCUUCCAUUUUGGUUGCCUACGACCCCGGGUGGACAAGAAGAAUCCACCGAAGGGCGACUGGUUCUGUGAGACUUGCGUCGUGCGCAACAGCCUCACCACCACCAUUGCCUGGGGCAAGCACAAGCGAAGGAAAACUUCAUACUCCCCACCUCAGGGUAUCAAGGACUAUUUUGAGGGCGUCGGCGAAGAGAUCCGCAGCAAUACGCACUAUCCACCGGAGGAGAAAAGGACGUAUUCCUUCUACAGAUCCGUCCCCACCAUGCCGAGGCUGACUAAGCCUCCCAAGACCGACAAGGACCACAGCAACAGGACGCCUCUUUACGAUGACCCCAACCUAACCAAGUUGAUGGAGAACGGGCAUGUCAUUCUCUGUAACAAGUGCUGCCUUUCUUCUGAGGGCUGGCUUUGUCCCAACCAUGUUACUUCCGAUGAUCUGGUGAUCAGAAAAACUGUUAAUGGCCAGGUGCAAGAGCGGCGUCCUCGUCGACCAAAGAAGGCGACAACCCUCUCCCACAGAUGGGAUCCCGAACAAACAUGGGAUGAGGAUUUUAACGCUCAGGACGAUGACGUCGGCUCUCGCGAGAUUGUCCUCGACUUCAUUUCCACUGCCAAGUUCAACAAGAAACGUGAAGAUGAACAGAAACAGAAGCAACUCGAGAGCACCAUGCUGGAUCUAACCAGGCAAUUGACGAUGGAGCAUUUUACCAAGAACGGAGUCUCCCUUGCUGACAUCUCCAACCCAAACCCCCAACUUCGGGCUGGUAUCAAGAGUCUCCUUCAUAACUAUGACUCCGGAAGAUACAACCUUGCCACCUACGAUGCAGCAUCUUCUCUGCUCGGCCUUUCCAAUGGCGAGUCAGUUACAAUAGAUGAUGAACCCGUCACUGCCAACACAUCGGCUGAAAAUGUUGCCCCCGUCUCCCCCCAACAGGAAGAACCGGUCGACUUGGAAACACCCCAGAAAGCCGCCUCCCCCAUCCCCAAUGAAAAGGACAAUUCAGCCCCAUCGCCUGCACCUACACCAGGAACUGCAUCCCGCCCGAUGGCACGGUCUGCUCCAGCUUCGCGUCGUCAAUCUCGGUCUCGUCGCACCACCAACUCCCCCAGAGUAUCCACUCGGGCAACGCGGAAGUCUACCGGUCCCAAUCUCGAUCUGGGCGCCAUCACGGAGACCCCUUCUAGAGAAACUCGGAAUAAAAAGCGAUCAUACGCUGAAUCCGAGCCCUCUCUCAGCACAGACGAGCCAGCACUCAAGCGCCAGCACGCGGACUCCGAUUAA